AUGGGAAAUAUAGGCGAAAAAUCAUCUCUCAAUGAUUUAAAAUUACAUGACUUUGAUAUUUCACAUUCAUAUGACUCUACUGAGAAAAUAGGGGAUAUCUUUGUUGGUAAUAGAUUUGCUAGUUUGUUAAAAAGAGCUGGAACAUUUGCACCAGUUAAAAAAUAUUCAGAAGAUACACCAAAACCAGAAAUUCAAACACUGGUGAAGAAAGAUCUAAAAUUAACAGAUGAUGAGGCGUUUUUACUUGAAGCCUUAUUGAGGUUUUUGAAAGAUAAAUUAAAUCCGAGUUCCUGUUUAAACAUAUUACUUUUUAUUUGUCCUUAUGUUCCAUCUUAUCCAGAUAUAUCUGAAUCAUUAAGGAAAUUGCUCAUGGAUAGAUGCAAAGAUCCGGAAGGGACUUGCAAAUAUGCACUUGAAAAACUUGACGAAUUUUGUGAUUAUAUUAAAACAAAAAUAGAUAAUAUUGAUGCUUCAAAUACAAACUGCGCUGAUUAUACUCAAAAAUGUAGUUAUCUAGUGAUCUGUAAAAAUGGAUUAGAUAUUUCUUGUAAGAAAUUGAAGGAAAAAUGCAUGCUUUUGCAAAAUAAUACUGAAGAUAAAACGGAUGAUACUACUAAAUAUAAAACACAGAAAGGGCCUUACAAUUCUCAAGUUAUCAUUGAUGGAACAACACUUCGAGUAGAAAUUGCCUCUUAUACUCAUAGUAAAGUAUUAUAUGGAACAAAAUGUUAUAAAGACAAGUCUCAUACAAAAUGUGCGUUAACGAAUACCUUAAUAAGUACUUGUACACCUAUAAUGAGGGAAACAUAUUCAACAGAUCCGUAUUCAGAAGUAGAUGAAAUUUCUCCGCAAACAGAAUGUUCAGUUACGUUAACAUUAACUAAUAAAUUAGGAGAAACGUUUAUGAAGACCGCAACGUACACAACCAUCACAGGAUAUAUACAUGAUAAAGAUCGUGAUAAGGGAUAUGGAGUUCAAACUAACAAGAAUCAAAAAUUAAUAUUAUUUCAUAUGAUUUUAGGAAUAAUAACAGGGAUAUGGAUAAUUGUUUAA